AUGUUCGGCUUUCUGCUUGCCCAGUGUGGCCUCAUUGUGGCCUUCUUCAUAUUUAUGCUGUGCCCAACAUUUACAUAUUUUCAAGAUUCGAAGAGACUAAGAAGAUUCCCAUCUGUUUCAAUAGCAGGUUUCACAAAUUCCUGGGGUGUUCUUCAUCAAUAUCGUUAUACUCGAACAUCUGCGAUACAUAAAGCACAUCAGCAAUACGGCAAUGUGGUUCGUAUCGGACCUACUCAUGUGAGCUUUUCUACAGUCCAGGCGAUCAAGGAUAUGUACGGUCACGGCACAAAAGCCACGAAAGACCACUUUUACCUUGCUCUUGAAUCGACUCAUCUCAAUGUCUCGGACUCUCAGGAUAGGACGGUCCAUAGCACAAAGCGUCGGCGAUUUGCUCAAGCCCUCGCUCAGAAAAGUAUCGUGUAUUUGGAGGGAAAGAUGCGACCGCAUUUGCAGGCCAUGAUUGCGUAUAUCGACAACCAUCGCAAGUCUCCAAGUUCGUCCAGCCCGAUUGAUAUGAAAUUCGUCAUUUUGGCGACUCUUUACGACUUGAGUAGCGUUGUCAUGUUCAGCGAAAAUCCUAAGUUCCUGGAGAGAAACACGCUCGUCUACGCAGCUGAAACGAUCAUGGGGGAUACUUACGAGGCUGAUCUCUAUCAAGCGUUCUUCCGCGGGGGCCAUGUCUCUUCGACUGUUGGCUGGGCGCCCAAAUCCGUCAAGUUGAUGAGGGCUCUAUCAUGGUGGAAUCAAGAUUGA